AUGGGUGGCCAGAUUCGUCUGUGGUGUCGCAAUGAAUGGACUCAGCUCAAGGUACUACAUACCGACCGUAAUCCCAUCCAGUCGCUUUACUGGGACGCCAGUCUUUUCUCUGGGGGAAGCGAUGCUGUGGUGCGAGAAUGGGGUGACUUCAACCAUGACGGAGACUGCACCGGGAAGAAGUCGCCUUCCACAGCUAGUUCUCUGGCUGAUAAACAAG